AUGGAUCGCUCUAACAAACCAUCUGCCAUCGGGCUGGGUGCGUCUAUCCCCCAGCCCACUGUCUCCAUCAAGGACAGCACUGUUGAAGCUAGUUUGCCCUCCGGUGAAUCCGCUACGAUCCACCUGUACGGCGCCACAGUCACCUCUUGGAAGGCCCACGGCCAGGAACAGCUGUUCCUUAGCGAAAAUGCUAUCCUUGAUGGAUCUAAGCCUAUUCGUGGAGGAAUCCCAUUGGUAUUCCCGGUCUUCGGCCCUCCUCCUAAAGACCACGCCACCUCUACUCUUCCUCAGCAUGGCUUCGCCCGAAACUCGAAAUGGGAAUACCUGGGCAAGUCAUCUGCCGAGUCUGCUGAUAGCCAGAGUGAUCAGGCUGUGAAGCUGGACUUCGGCCUGUCGCAUACCAUGUUGAGCGAGGAGUUCCGUAAAGCUUGGCCUUAUGAAUUUGGACUUGUCUACAGUGUCACCUUAACUAAGAACUCUUUGCAAACUCAGUUGCAGGUGCGCAAUGAAGGUACUCAGAACUUUGAGUUCCAGGUCCUCAUGCAUACUUACCUUAGCGUUGCCGAUAUCUCCACGAUUCGUGUCAAGAACCUCGAGUCCAAGACCUAUAUCGACAAGACUCGCAAUGCAAGCUCUCACACCGAAGCCUCCCCGGCUCUGGCUAUCACCGAGGAAACCGAUCGUGUCUACCAAAGCCUUGACCCCUCUGUCCCAAUUGUCGUUUCCUCGGCUGCAGACGACCAGCCUCUGUUUUCAAUCACCCGCGAUGCCCUGACGGACGUUGUUGUGUGGAACCCAUGGAUCGAGAAGGCCAAGGGUAUGGCGGACUUUGGUCCUGAUGAGGCAUACAAAAACAUGAUCUGUGUUGAGGCUGGCUCUGUCUCUGGCUGGCAGACUCUCGAGGCUGGUGAUUCUUGGGAAGGUGGUCAGAGCAUCAAGUCGCGGUUGUGA